AUGCGUCUCCUCCAGCUCGUCAUCGGUGCUUCCUUCUUCGCCGCGUCGGCCGUCGCUCAGGUCGACUCGUUCAUCGCGAGCGAGGGCCCCAUUGCUAAGACGGGACUCUUUGCCAACAUCGGUCCUGACGGUUCCAAGGAUGCUGGCGCCGGAGCCGGUUUGGUGACGGCGUCGCCUUCAACGUCAAACCCGGACUACGCAUACACUUGGACCCGCGACAGCAGUCUUGUUUUCAAGGCGAUUAUCGACCAGUAUACUCUCGGCAUUGACACCUCGACGGGCCAGAAGAUCGACGACUUCUUCACCGCGGAGGCUCGCCUCCAGCAGGUCUCUAACCCUUCCGGCUCCGUGUCUUCUGGCGGUCUCGGCGAGCCCAAGUUCAACCUCGACUUCAGCGCAUUCACUGGUGCCUGGGGUCGCCCGCAGCGUGAUGGCCCUGCUCUUCGUGCCACAGCUCUGAUCACCUGGGGCAACUACUUGUACAGCGGAGGCAACACGACUUUCGUGAAGAACACGCUCUGGCCUGUUAUCAAGCUUGACCUUGACUACGUCGCUGCGGACUGGAACCAAACCACCUUUGACCUCUGGGAGGAGGUUUCCUCGUCCUCGUUCUUCACCACGGCUGUCCAGCACCGCUCUCUUCGUGAGGGUGCGACCUUCGCCACGCUCGUCGGUGACAGCACUUCUGCGUCGACCUACACCACGCAAGCUGCGAACGUGCUGUGCUUCCUGCAAAGCUACUGGAACCCUACCAGCGGCUACAUUACUGCUAACACCGGCGGCGGACGCAGCGGGAAGGACGCCAACACUGUCCUCGCCUCCAUUCACACUUGGGAUAUCAAGGCCGGCUGCGACGCUGCUACGUUCCAGCCGUGCUCAGACAAGGCGCUCUCUAACCUCAAGGUCUACGUCGACGCCUUCCGCUCCAUCUACUCUAUCAACAGUGGUAUCGCUGCGACUGCCGCUGUUGCCACCGGUCGUUACCCGGAGGAUAGCUACUACAACGGCAACCCCUGGUACCUCACUACGCUCGCCCCGGCUGAGCAACUCUACGAUGCGCUCACCACCUGGGACUCGGUCGGUUCGAUCAACGUCACGAGCGUGUCCCUGGCUUUCUGGAAGCAGCUCGACUCGAGUAUCACGGUUGGCUCCUAUGCCAAGUCUUCGACCACCUACGCCACACUCACCGCCGCCGUGAAGACCUUCGCCGACGGCUUUGUCUCCGUUGUCCAGAAGUACACCCCCUCUUCCGGCGCGCUCAGUGAGCAGUACGACAAAUCCACCGGCGCUCAGACCUCCGCCAGCGACCUUACCUGGUCGUACGCUUCGGCCAUCACCACCUUCGAGGCACGCAACGGCACGACUCCGGCAUCGUGGGGCGCUGCGGGCCUCACCGUUCCUGCGACGUGCUCCACCUCUGGCAGCGGCAGCGGAGGCGGAGGCAGCGGUGGCAGCACCGUCGCAGUAACGUUCAACGUUCAGGCUACUACCGUCUUCGGCGAGAACAUCUACAUCACCGGUAGCGUGGACGCUCUUCAGAACUGGAGCCCGGAUAACGCUCUCCUCCUCUCGGCAGCCAACUACCCGACCUGGUCUAUUACCGUCAACCUGCCGGCAUCUACCUCCGUCCAGUACAAGUACAUCCGCAAGAACAACGGCGCCGUCACCUGGGAGUCCGACCCCAAUGUGCAGAUCACGACCCCGGCCUCGGGCACCUACACCGCCAACGACUCCUGGCGCUAG